GGUCCGACGUCGGAGCUCCCCGGAGAAGUCGGCCUCGCUCUGCGGCUCCCUGCGCGGUCUCCGGCGGCGGCGGGCGUCCUGCCUGGCCCGGCGUGGGGCCUUCGCGGCCGUGCUCCUUCCCACCAGCCCCGGACUAGUGAGUUGCAGGUGACUGAAGUUUCAAGCUGCAGAAUGCAUAGCACCCUACAAGGUUGGCCAUGAUGAACACACUGCAAUUAAAGGAAGCUAAGGUCCUGGAUGUUCAGUUUGUGGGAGAUGAUGAUGUUCUCAAUCACAUUUUUGAUAGAGAAGGAGGAACUAAAAUAAAGAAGGAGAAAGCUCAGCUUUUAGUCAAUCCACAGAAAAUAAUCAAGAAGCCAGAACGUGAAUUGGAGAAGAGUGACCAGGAAGUCUUAAAGGAUCAGAACUAUGUGGAAGUUUUGGGAAGAAAUAUUCAAGAAUCCUUGAAAAAUGGCUCUUCUGUAGAUGGUGGAAAUAAAGUUUAUUCUUUUCAACAUAGAAAACACUCUGAAGAGAUGACUAAAUUAGCUCUAGAAAUCGCAAAAAAGCCAAGAAAAAUUGUUGACUCAAAGAACGUUCCUGAAAUUAUGAAAAACGCUCAGAAAAGCAAGGGGCACUCCACUUCGGAGAAAGUUCAGCUGGAGAACAAUAACAAAACUGAAUUUCUGUCAACACCACCUCGUAGUCUAAGAAAAAGAAUAAUUGUGCCAACGUCUCAUUGCGACAGUGAAAGUGAAUAUUCUGCUUCCGACUCAGAGGAUGAGGAAGAGGAGGACACUAAUGAGCUUGGGCUCUCUCAGAAGAGUCGGGUGCAGAGUAGAGGAUUUGCAGCACCUGUUUCCAAAGGGACCCCAGCUAAGAAAAUGAAAAGAGACAAAACAGUGAGUGAGGGAGCCCUGGGCCUUAGGGGAACUGUCUGCGAUGUCUUCCGGGUGGAGGGUGUCUCCCUGGCUGUCACUGUCUCCCCUCUGCAGAGUGUGGAGGGUGUCUCCCUGGCUGUCACUGUCUCCCUGGCUGUCAAUGUCUCCCCUCUGCAGAGUGUGGAGGAUGUCUCCCUGGCUGUCACUGUCUGCCCUCUGCAGAGUGUGGAGGAUGUCUCCCUGGCUGUCACUGUCUCCCCUCUGCAGAAUGUGGAGGAUGUCUCCCUGGCUGUCACUGUCUCCCUGGCUGUCACUGUCUCCCCUCUGCAGAGGAUGGAGGAUGUCUCCCUGGCUGUCACUGUCUCCCAUCUGCAGAGGGUGGAGGAUGUCUCCCUGGCUGUCAUCAAUGUCUCCCCUCUGCAGAGUAAAACUCUACGAAACUUAUUAAGCAAAUUCUCGCCUUCCUUUUCUGCUGAAAUUGCACAGUUAAAUCAACAGCAUGAAAAGUUGUUUCAUAAAUGGAUGCUACAGCUACGCCUUGGGUUCAACAUUGUGCUUUAUGGUUUGGGGUCCAAGAGAGAUUUACUAGAAAAAUUUCGAACCACCAUGCUUCAAGAGUCCAUUCAUGUUGUCAUCAACGGCUUCUUUCCUGGAAUCAGUGUGAAAUCAAUCCUGAAUUCUAUAACUGAAGAAGUCCUCAAUCAUACGGGCACUUUCCAGAGUGUUCUGGAUCAGCGAGACUGGAUAAUAAACAAAUUUAAAGAAGAUUCUUCUUUAGAACUCUUCCUCCUUAUCCACAACUUGGAUAGCCAGAUGUUGAGAGGAGACACCAGCCAGCAAGUUCUUGGACAGCUGUCGUCUUUGGAGAAUGUGUACCUUUUAGCGUCUAUUGAUCACCUCAAUGCUCCUCUCAUGUGGGAUCAUGCGAAGCAGAGUCUGUAUAACUGGCUUUGGUAUGAAACGACGACAUACAAUCCUUACUCUGAAGAGACGUCCUAUGAGAACUCCCUUCUGGUUAAACAGUCUGGAUCUCUGCCGCUUAGUUCUCUGAUUCAUGUCCUACGAAGCCUUACCCCCAAUGCAAGGGGGAUUUUCAGGCUCCUUAUCAAGUUCCAGCUGGAUAACCAGGACAGCCCUUCCUACAUCGGGCUUUCUUUUCAAGACUUCUACCAGCAGUGUCGGGAGGCCUUCCUCGUGAACAGUGACCUCACGCUCCGGGCCCAGCUGACUGAAUUUCGGGAUCACAAACUCAUCAGAACCAAGAAGGGAACUGAUGGUGUGGAAUAUUUAUUAAUUCCCAUUGACAGCGGAACAUUGGCUGACUUCUUGGAGAAGGAAGAGGAGGAGGCUUAGACUGUCUCCUUUUAGGUGGAAAAGUCAUCGUCCCCCAGCUGCUGCUCCUCUAGCAAGAAUGCUGGUUUGCAUCCAGCAUUAGAUCAUUCUGUCCAGCAGACACGAGUUACUAGUGAAGGGGCGCAUCAUCGAUUUGAACCUUGAUUAGCCUGGCUGGUGUGCUGUCUCUAAUGCUAUGCAGUGGUCAUCGAGUUGGGAGGGAAAUGUGCCUUUAAUUUAUUACUUCUCUGGAGACUUAUUGCUGGAUGAACAGUAUGCUCAGGGAUUAUAUGGAAGUGGAUAUUUUUGGAUUAUUUUAUAUGGAAUGCUAAUCCCUAAUUUUCGAGGGCAGUUUAACUCCCCGAGCUGAAUUACUACAAGUGCACUUGUUUCAGAUCAGUACAAAGAGGGGGUCCCACAGAACUUAGGAGGAAGGAGGUGGGUCGUCCGCUUUUUCUGAAAUGAUGAAAACAUUUCAGAGGUCUCUCCCUGCGGACUUAGGCUGUCUCAACUGAGACAGUGGGAGAAAUGCAAGGAAUAGAUAGGGCGUGUGCCCAGCCUCGGAAGCACAUUUAAAAUAGUUAGUAUUUAUACCAUGACCUUGAUUUUUAUGAUACAAAUGAGAAGUCAGACUAAGAAAUCGUGAUUUACAUGUUAGUAAUUGUUUUCAGGACAAGAGAAAAUAAAAAGAUUUCCUUAUUCUUGUACAUUGACAUUUAUUUUCUUACAUAGCAGGCAGGAAUAGCUGGCCCAGCCCUUUCCUGCCACCAUCCAGGAGUCAGAGGCAGGCAGACUGCUUCCCUCCUUUCAGAAGAACAGUAGCAAGACAUGAGCUCACAUUUGUAAUCCGACACAGGAAGACGGAGGCAGGGAAAGAGGAGGUCUAGCCCAGUCUGAGCUACAGUGAUGCCCUGCUUCAGCAAACAUUCAAUAAACACACAGUGACACACAGGA